GGCGGCAGUGGCGGCGCGGCGGCCAGUGGCAGGCUGGCUUGUGCGCGGACUGCGCGGACCGGAGCCGCCAUGAGACGGACGUGUUUGUGGCUGGCAGUGGCGGCACUGCUGGCCCAGUGCAUCGCGGCCGAGCCCACCAGGCUCAACAACGACCUUGACUUUGACCUUGCCCCGCUGGAGCCGGACUCCAGCGGGUCGGAGGGCCGCGGCGACGGCCUCGGCGACGGCCACGGCCACUUCUCGUCGCAGUGGGCCGUGCACAUCGAGGGCGGCCCGGAGAAGGCGCAGGACGUCGCCGACCGCCACGACUUCGUCAACCUCGGACAGAUCUUCCCCGACGUGUACCACUUCGAGCACAAGCGGGUCGCCAAGCGCUCCGUCGACCCCAGCCCCCACCAUGACCACCGACUUCUCAGCGAGCCGACGGUCAAGUCGGCCCGGCAGCAGAGGAUCAAGCGACGCGUCAAGCGGGACUUCGUGGAGGUGCGCGACCGCGCGGGCCGCGAGGAGCGAGGCGCGCGCACCGGACCGCGCACGUCGCGCUCCAAGACCCCCGUCAUGUUCACCGACCCCCGGUGGCAGCAGAUGUGGUACCUGAACCGCGGCGGCGGCCUGGACAUGAACGUGCAGCCCGCGUGGGACGAGGGCUACACCGGCCGGAACGUGGUCGUCACCAUCCUGGACGACGGCCUGGAGAAGGACCACCCCGACAUCUUCAAGAACUACGACCCGCAGGCGAGCUACGACGUGAACAGCCACGACGACGACCCCAUGCCGCGCUACGACAUGCUGGACUCGAACCGGCACGGCACGCGCUGCGCCGGCGAGGUGGCCGCCACCGCCAACAACUCCAUCUGCGCCGUGGGGGUGGCCUUCGGCGCCAGCGUGGGCGGCGUGCGCAUGCUGGACGGCGACGUGACCGACGCCGUGGAGGCGCGCUCGCUCAGCCUCAACCCGCAGCACAUCGACAUCUACUCGGCGUCCUGGGGGCCCGACGACGACGGCAAGACCGUGGACGGGCCCGGCGAGCUCGCCACCCGCGCCUUCCUCGAGGGCAUCAGCAGGGGUCGUGGCGGCAAGGGGUCCAUCUUCGUGUGGGCGUCCGGCAACGGCGGCAGGGACAUGGACAACUGCAACUGCGACGGCUACACCAACUCCAUCUGGACCUUGUCCAUCUCCAGCGCCACGGAGAACGGCCUGGUGCCCUGGUACUCGGAGGCGUGCAGCUCCACCCUGGCCACCACCUACAGCAGCGGCCAGACCGGGGAGAAGCAGGUGGUGACCAUCGACCUCCACCACAUGUGCACGAGCUCCCACACCGGCACGUCGGCGUCGGCGCCCCUGGCGGCCGGCAUCUGCGCGCUGGCGCUGGAGGCGAACCGCGACCUCACCUGGAGGGACAUGCAGCACAUCGUGGUGCGCACCGCCAGGCCCGCCAACCUGCAGAGCUCGGACUGGGCGGUCAACGGCGUGGGCAGGAACGUGAGCCACUCGUUCGGCUACGGCCUGAUGGACGCGCACGCCAUGGUGCAGCUCGCGCGAACCUGGAAGGCGGUCCCCGAGCAGCGCCGCUGUGAGGUCUCCGCCCCGCACGUGGACAAGCUCAUCCCGUCCAAGAGCCAGGUGGUGCUGCAGCUGCACGUCAAGGAGUGCGCGGGCGUCAACUUCCUGGAGCACGUGCAGGCCAAGAUCAGCCUGGCGUCGUCGCGGCGCGGCGACCUCCAGAUCCACCUGACGUCGCCCAACGGCACGCGCUCCACGCUGCUGGCGCGCCGCCCCCACGACAUGUCGCGCGCAGGCUUCACGGCCUGGCCCUUCAUGUCCGUGCACACGUGGGGCGAGCAGCCCUUCGGCGUGUGGCAGCUCGAGAUCCACAACGAGGGCAGGUUCCUAGGAACACUCACAGAGUGGAAGCUUAUUCUCUAUGGAACUGAAACGGAACCUGGCAGCGAUGGCAACAGGAAACCUCCAGUCAACAAUGGCAGUCCAAAAUAUGGCAUCAACCGUCCUGUUAACCAGUCUUCCCCCAAUCAAGAUGAAAACGUGGUGGAGCCAGACAUUGGGCGCCAGUGGAAGGAAGUCGGCCAUGCUCGAAAUGAGGUGCAACGGACCACAACCGAAGAUGGAACCUCGAGCUCCGGGUGUGUGUCGCAGGAUUCAACUCAUCGCUAUUGUCUAGGUUUGUGCUUACUUUCGUUACUGUUGCUGCAACUUGUGACAGCACCACACAUGCCAGGUGAUAAAUUACAUCACAUGUCAAAAAUAUCAAAAAUAGAGAAGCACUCUACUAACAUAUCAGGUCCAACCAAAGUAACAAAACAUAGAAGACAUAAAAGUUUGCAUGGGACCAGAUGUGUCUCAUGUACAGAAAACACCAUAGUCAUUCGCAAGAGGCAUGUUUUGGCAGCCCCAGGCUGCACCAUCUUAAAUAGCAAUAAAUCCACUGAGGAUACUUUCGUUUUAGCAAAUUCUAAAGAAAUAUGUGUGGAAACACCCUGUGUCAGGCACAGAUGUGUUUCGUCUAAAGUUAAUAAUGCCAAAGGCAGGUUCUCUGCAAGAAAUGUGUUAGGGUCUUCACAAAUUGAAUGUGUCUAAUGAUGCAUGUAUGUGCUUCAUUCCCAGUGGUCCAAGCCAUUACUGUAAUGAUCUAGUUAAAUCAGUGAUGUUUGUUUGUAAAGAAUGGCCCAUUGUUUUUCUCUUGAAGAGUGAGUAUUUAUUUCUGUACUAGAUUUUAUUUAUGUAAUUUUAAUUUAGUUUCAUUUUAGUUCAGUAGAGUCAUUUUCAAGUACUUAUUUCUACAAGCCAUUUGGCUCUGAAUUUUAUUUCCUUGUUUUAUUUCUUCAUAAUUUUAUUUCAAUGACGUCACCACAGAUGGUACAUGUUUGAGGUUGUACUGAGUGUUUUUCGUAAUAUUUUAAAAUGAAUCGUGCCAGAAUAAUAAUAUUAAUUGGAGUGUUAAUCUUAAUGAGACAAGCCAUUUUUUACUAUUUCUUUUUUUGUUAAACCGUCUUCCCAGUAUGUGUUAUUUUACUUUGUCCAUGGUCAAGACUGAUGUGUGGUUUUAUUGGCGGCCUUUUAAAAGCCACCUUGAACCCUACAUUGUGGUGGAUGAACUAGUUCUAAUUGCAUAUCUUGAUAGGUUAUCCAUUUAGUAAGCUUGUUUCUGUUAAAGAUCAUGUGUAUUUCAGUUCCUAUUCUGCUCUUAUUAACUAGAUGGAAAAUAAAAAUUGAUAUUUUAAAAAUAGUUUAGCAGCUUGCUCUCAACAUUCCGGUAUUGAGUAAAUGAAUGCAUCAUUUAUUUCAUUUGGGCCAAGGUAACAACUAUCCAGCAGUAUUUAGAGUGGGAGUGAACUUGGGAUUCGCACAAAUGUAUGUCCUCAGCAGAUUUUUUUUUUUAACUUUCUGCAUAGGGUUUGUGAGAAUCUCAAAGAGCAUCUGGUAACUGGUAUCAUAUUGCCAUUUAAGUGGCUACUGUUGUCUAGUCCAACCAAAUAUUUGUAUGACAGUGGUUUCUGAACAAAUUAUGAAAGUGACAUAGCAUGUCCACCCAGUAUAGACUUCAUUGCUUCCUGCUUAUUAAUUUACAUAAAUUUUGUUUCUACUGGUCAUUCAUAUGCCCCUCAUUUUCAUUUUGUGUUUAGGCAGCCAUUACGCAACUACUUAAUCCAUUCAUGACUAAAUUAUUUUGUAGAUAUCUGUAUAGAAGAAACAAUUUGAAACUAUUCUCAUACCAAAGAAUUGCUAAAGCAAAGUAAUUGCUACCUGCUCUCAUGUGCAUGUGGAUUGAGCAGACUGCACUAGAUUUCCCUCAGAACGGCGCUACUCCUUUCUAUUCUUUCUUUCAACAUCUUUGAACAACUUGCUUGUUGAGAUAGUGACCUUCUAUUAAACUUCCAUUGCGGAAGUGUCAACGGGUGAAUCUGUGGAGUCAUUUUCCCCAAUAUGUGGUUGUUUUUGCUCAUCUCAUAAAUUAGUUUUUAUUUUUGCCUAAUUUAUGGUCCUAAUACUGUUAAAUGAAAAGCUGGUGCAUAAGUUUUAUUCUAAUGUGUGAGAUGCAUGCUGUGGUGAUGUUAUAUAUCAUUGAUGUUUUGUACAGUAUAAAAUAUCUGCUCUUUUCUUUUAUGUAAUUGUUGGACUUUGUGUGUAAAUUUGUAGAGUUUUAAUUUAAAGAUGUAUUUAAGUAAGUUGUGACUGUAUGGUUAUUAUUGGAUAUGAGAGAAGCCCUUUCCUUAAGAAGGCAGCUGAUUUUCCUUGCUCAAACGGGAUACAAACAGUUACCUAACAUGGGGAUUGUGUCAAACGUUUUGAUCAACUGUAAUAAUGUGAUAAGCAGAAGCUUAGUGAGUAAAGAGCUCUAUAGAGCUGAACUGUAAGGACUCAACAUAUAUAAUGUAAUUAUUGAUUUUCAUGUGUGCAAUAAUGUAAUGUUCCCCAUUUUCAAUUCAUAACUAAAAUCAGUUUAGAAUACAUGAAAGAAUAAACAUUAAAAAAUUAGGGUUUGUUCAGAGAGCCAUCACUCAGAUCAUUUGAAAAAGGUACCCAGCAGGUUUCCAUGAGUUACAGAAAAGGAAAGAAAACACCUUAUUCGAUUUUAAAUGGCUGUAAUUGAGGUUGCUCUGUAAGAAAUGAGACAUUCUAGGGGACUUUCGUUUGCUAAGUUGUGGUUUUAGCUCGACUUACUAACUCAUGACACAGAAUAACCAACAAUGUGAUAUCAUUUACUCUUUACUAGAGUGCAUUAUUAUUUUAAAUGGACAUUAUCUGAUAAAGUAUUGUUUCUUUCAAUUUGUUUUGUUGUUCUAGUAACACAAUGAGGUGUUGUUUGACUGUUUGACUUUUUGUUGGUGCUAGAAAUCAGUUCUUGACAACUUUUGUUCAGAAUAAAACUUGCUUAUUGUAAAUAGUUCUGUUAUAAGUUGUUUUAAGAACUCCAGGAUAUAAGUAAAGUGCGUUAAUUGUUGAGGAAUGAAGUCUCUUUUGGAAUAAAUUAACAGCGUAACAAUGUUUAUGUUGUAUGUAAUAGAGUGGCAUUCUGUUGCUUCAAAACAUAUCCUGAGAACUUAUAGAAAUACGUGUGAAACAAUCA